AUGCAUAGAUUGCUUGUUAAUAAGGGCUAUAUCUUCCCUGAGAUCAAGGUCGAAGAUGCAGCUGUCUUAAACCCUUCGGAUAACUUAAAGUCAUUAGAGGACUUACAAAAGGAAGAAGCUGUUGUUCACAGUGCUAAAUUACAAGAAUUAAUUAGAAGAGGUAAGCCUCUGGACUUGCAGGAGGCUAACAAAUUGAUGAAGAUCAUGGCUGGAUUCAAGGAAGACAAUGUUGAAGAAAAUAAGAAACAAAUCAAGGAUGAUAUAGCAAGAUUGAGAAGAAAAGUUGAGAUUUUGGGUCAGAUGCUUAACAGCAUUGAGUCCUCAAAUGGGAAAAUUGAUGACUCUAAUGAGGCUGUUCUUGAAUUAUAUUCUUCUGUGAAAAGUUCUCAGCCCAAUAUUACAAAGAUUAUCGAAGAAGAAAAUGACAACGAGGAGAACGUCCGCGAGUUAUUAAACUUCAACGAGUCGAUCAACGAUGUCAUCAAUAAGUUUCAACUUCUUAAAGAUGGUAAAUUAGACCAAGCUUCCCAGAUCAAAGUCUCUGGGACCUCAGGUGCCAAUGAUAACGAUUUGAAUUUGAUUGAUUUCGAUGACGACGCUCCUAUUAGUAACGACCAAACUGGCCGCGAUGACAAAGGUUAUAAUGAUUUGUUGAGUGAUUUAUCGAAUUUGGCUUUUACUGACACGUCCUCGAAUAACUUAUUUGGCUCUGGAGGUUCAAUUGCCUUAGGAGGAGCUGGUGCCCAAGUUGCCGGUCAGUCUACCAUACAGCAACCUGAGCCACAAAUAGGUUCUACUAAUUCCUCAUCCAGGUAUGACCUUUUGUCAGGUUUGCAGUCUCCUUCGCCGCAGCUCCAAUCAAAUGCACCCAAUCAGUUAGAUCCAUUUGGUUUUAACUUCCCAACUUCUACCCCAAGUCAAAUUCAAGGAGGAACUAAUCAAAUCAAAUCUACUAUUCUUAUUAACCAAUCUCCUAACUUGAAGAUUGAAAUUGGUGUGUUCAGCACUUCGACUAAGAAAUUGUUCAAUGGAAAGGUGAUCUUUAGUAACCCACUGCCAUCAUCUUUGACUAACUUCAAAUUUUUGUUGGCUGUCCCAAAGUCUUGUAAAUUGAACCUAAAGCCUCAAUCUGGCGAUUCGCUCUAUGGAUUCAGUAACCAAGGUAUCAAUCAAGAAUUUUCAAUUGAGAAUAAUCUUGACAAGCAAUUGAAAGUCAAGUGGAAAGUAGAAUAUAAAAUUGGAAACGAACCGAAAGAGGAGACUGGUGUUGCUGUCUUGAGCGACGAAUAG